GCGUUUGCCUGGAGCGCUAGACGCCAAAUGCAGUUGCGUGGCAACCCACGGACAGUUCUUUGCGUUUGACGUCAGCCUCAGCCUCAGCCUCGUGGUGAAGGCAGGAGCGCCGUCACGUGGACCUUGGCGAGCUCACAGUCAAAGGAAUCAGGGCCUUACCAGGCUUCCGUAGAAGCCUUUCUUUAGCGGGCAGGGCUAAGGGAGGGGUGACCCUGCGGGAGCCACCGGUGCCAGCGACAUGUUCAAGGUUAUCCAGAGGUCUGUGGGGCCAGUAAGCCUGAGCCUACUUACUUUCAGAGUCUAUGCAGCACCAAAAAAGGACUCAUCUCACAAAAGCUGCAUGAAGAUUGAUGAGCUUUCACUCUACUCAGCUCCUGAGUACCAAUCUAAAUAUGUGGAGGAGCCAAGGACUCAGCUUGAAGAAAACAUCUCACAGCUCCGACAUCAUUGUGAGCCAUAUACAAGUUGGUGUCAGGAAACAUACUCCCAAACUAAGCCAAAGGUGGAUCGUGUGGUUCAGUGGGGGUUAGACAGCUAUGAAUAUCUCCAAAAUGCACCUCCUGGAUUUUUUCCAAGACUUGGUGUUAUUGGUCUUGCUGGUUUCGUUGGACUUCUUUUUACUAGAGGUUCAAAAAUAAAGAAGCUGGUAUAUCCCCCUGUUUUUAUGGGAUUAGCUGCCUCUGUCUAUUACCCACAGCAAGCCAUUGCCUUUGCCCAGGUUAGUGGGGAGAAGUUAUAUGACUGGGGAUUACGAGGAUACAUAGUCAUGGAAGAUUUGUGGAAGCAUAACUUUCAGAAGGCAGGAAACGUGAAGAAUUCACCAUCUGGAAAUAAAUAGAAAACUCCAUGCUCUGCCCAUUUUAAUCAGGUAAACAUUGGAAACUCCAGACAGUAAAUUAGUAUUUCUGCGGACAAAUGACUGAGAAGUCAGUAUUGGAUAUAGUAAACUGGUUGUCUUCUUCAGAAACAAUUGCACUAGGCCUUUUGCUAUCUUGGGUGAUAUAUCAUACUAUAAGCCAACUAAUCUGAAAUCCUUCAUAUGGAGAUAAUGUGCACACUUUAGAACUCCUCAUUCUUAUAUCACUAUUUAUGUACAUAAUUAAAAUCCAAAUUCAAACAAA